AUGCCGUCGGCGCUUCCGAAACCCAUACUGCCUCCCUCUGUGGUCGUGGUCACAGGAGCCAAUGGCUUCAUAGCCCAGCAUUGCAUCGCCUUGCUUCUCUCCAUGGGAUACAAAGCUGUUGGCACUGUUCGGUCUCCGUCCAAGAUUGAGCAAGUCCACGAUACUCAUGAAGGACAUCCUAACCUUUGCGUUGUGGUGGUUGAGGACAUUACGUCUGUCGAAUCCUAUGUUUCUGCCCUGGAGCCUGUUCGGCCGAGCGCAAUCUUGCAUCUCGCCGCCCCUUUUCAUUACGACACGAACGAUCUGGAAAAUGAUCUUAUGAUACCUACCAUCAAGGGUGCAACAGCCGUUCUUUGUGCGGCCGAACAACUCGGAGGUGUAAAGCGCAUUGUUCAUACCAACUCAUUCGCUGGCAUCUACGACGCCUCAAAAGGGCCACAACCGGGCAAGAUUUACACGGCGAAAGAUUGGUCACCGCUGACCUAUGAGGAUGGCGUAAACGCUCCUGCUGCAGCCAUAGCAUAUCGAGCCAGCAAGACUGUUGCCGAAAGGGCUGCAUGGAAGUGGAUGGACGAUAACCCAUCGGCAGAGUUCGACCUUGUGAGCCUCAACCCAGCCAUGGUGUUUGGACCAUUUCUGCCCGGCGCAAUCCCAAACAGUCCAGAGAAGCUCAACACCUCCAAUCGAAUCGUCUACGAUGUUGUAUCUGCCGGAGAGCAUGGCGCGAUACCCGAUACACGAGGCCCAGUCUGGGUCAGCGUCAAGGACGUCGCGCUCGCGCAUCUCAAAGCUCUUCAAGUUCCCGAAGCCGGCGGGGAGCGAUAUCUUUUGGCUGCAGGAGUAUACUGCAAUCAAGAGAUCGCCGAUGUUGCACGAAAGACAGCGGGGGAGCACAAGGCCAAAAUUCCUCAAGGGUCUCCCGGGUUGAGACAGGCUGACACGCAUUUCGGUAUUGAUGCUAGUGAGACCGAGAGGGUCUUGGGAAUUGAGUGGCAGGGUUUGCCAGAUGUGCUGCCUAAGUUAGUAUCACAGUUAUUGAGUAUUUAA